AAUCGGCUAACUGCCGCUGCGUCCAGGUCUAGUCAUGAAGUCGUUCAAGGCUGCCGGCAAAUACUCCUUCCAGAAACCGAAAUCAUUUCUCAUCGAGGACAUCUUAGGGAAGGGAGACUCGUACGAUUCGGACGCGGCCCGGUCCCCGGACGGCUCGGAGGAGCGGUACGCGGAGCCGCGCGGUCUGCCAGAGCCCCCGGGCGUGGCGCUCUUCCCGGCGGCCGCCGUCGGCGCCAGCAUGGCGGCCGCCGCCGCCGCCUACCUGCCGCACUACCUGCACAAGCAGGAGGCCGCCGCCGGCUUCCUCUUCUCCGGACCGCCCGGCUUCUCAGCAGGACUGCCCUUCUCCACGUACUUCUCGACGGACGUGGGCCGCGUCUGUCGGCGCCGCAAGGCGCGCACCGUGUUCUCCGACCAGCAGCUGCACGGACUGGAGUUACGCUUCAAGUCCCAGCGCUACCUGAGCACGCCCGAGAGAGUCGAGCUGGCUGCCGCUCUCAGUCUGACAGAGACGCAGGUGAAGACGUGGUUCCAGAAUCGGCGGAUGAAAUACAAGAAGCAGCUUCGUCGCUCGGACGACAAGGUGACGGGCUCCGGGCAGCCAGACAUGCAACUGGACCUCUACCUGAGCAGCAGCGGGUCCCCGCCAACGCACCUCCAGUCCGGUCAGGGCGACCGGCGUCACGACGACGACGACGACGAGGGGGACAGGGACGACAGCGACGAGGACGUCAACGUCACCGAGGACAGCCACCACGGCUUCCACUAG